CCAAAAACUCGAUGCAGCAGAUUCACAAACGCAGUUUCAUAGUAAAUAAAAAUACAUAUUUAAAUACUAAAAUCCCUGUGCGAUGGCGUCUACCUCUAAAGACAACGUUCAAGCUGGCACCAGUACUCAAAUAAACCCUGCCGACGACUUGGAACCGGGCGCAUGUCCCGAAAGUAUUUUGAACCCUACUGAUUCUUUUGAUGAAUUUGCUUCAGAAAUGAGCUGCUCCCUGCAGGAGCGGAAUAAGUCUUUGGCAGCCAAGAGCAGCACCAUAUCUGAGAUCCAGAGUGAGAUUGGUGAGAAAGAGAAGGACGGUUCUGAGAUGAAAAGUACAAAAUCGAGCGAUGAUCUGCAAAGCAAAAACGGAAACAUGUCAGCUUCAGCCAGCAGUUCAAACCUAAUUGAAGAGAAUGGUGAUGAUGAAGACAAUGACAAGGAUGAUUAUUUGCAAUCACCAGAGUUGGUGAACAAGGAGAAACAUGUUUUUGUGUUGAGUUCUGCUGGGAAACCUAUUUACUCAAGAUACGGUAACGAAGACAAACUGGCCGGUUUGUGCGGUGUGAUCCAAGCAUUAGUCAGUGUGAUCGAAGACCAGAACCAGGAUAUACUCAGAUCUAUCUGCACCAAAGAUUGCAGGGUGGUGUUCUUAGUUAAAGGUCCAUUGAUACUUGUUGCCGUAUCGAAGUCAAAUGAAAGUGAAACGCAGCUGGUUCUGCAGUUAACAUAUGCAUUUAAUCAAAUAGUGUCAGUGUUAACGCUGACACAACUAAAUAGGAUAUUCGAACAAAGGAGGAAUUAUGAUCUGAGAAGACUGUUGUCUGGGGCAGAGAGACUUAUCGACAAUUUAUUCGUAUUUAUGGAGAAAGACCCUGCAUUUUUAUUAGGUGCAGUAAGAUGUCUCCCAUUGCCAGAAAAAGCCAGAGAAAACAUAACAAACGCGAUAACUACGACGUGUCACAAAAUCCGAGAUUUAGUGUUCGCUAUACUCAUAGCGGGGAACCAGCUGAUCACGCUAGUACGGAUGAAGAAGUACACAUUGCAUCCUUCUGAUAUACACCUGCUUUUCAACCUGGUCAGGAGUUCGGAAUCCUUCAAAACUGCGGAGAGUUGGACACCGAUUUGUCUGCCGAAGUUUGACGCGACGGGUUUCCUCCACGGUCACGUCUCAUACAUAUCCGAGGACUGCCAAGCUUGCCUUCUCCUUCUAACGGUACAGAGAGAUGCGUUCUUCCCACUCUCUCAAGCGAAGCACACAAUCGCAGAAAAACUCCGACGAUCCAACUGUCUAGUUGCAAUCAACGACGCACUGAACAGAAAUGAAGAAUUACCCACAACGAAUCCUCUAAAACACAUUGGUAUUCCAGAAAUCAGGCAUUUUAUGUACAAAUGCAAAUCUACGGCACAACUUUUCACGUCUGACCCUAUAAGUCUGGACAGAUUACAAGAUUAUCGAAUAAGGCAUAAAGAAGGGGGUGAUAUAGUCAAAGAGAAGAAAAUAGAAAAGUUGUCAGAUAUAGAUUAUGUUAGAAAUUACAGGAAAUUCUGUAGUCAAAUUCAUUGUACGUCGAUUCCAGCAAAAUUGAUAUUUAGGUCGAAUUCCGAUGACACUAUUUUGGCCUGGGUAACCAACGGCUUCGAGCUCUACGUAACCUUCGACCCUCUGAUGGAGAAAGACCAAGCGAUCAAAGCAGUAGACCGUCUGCUCAGGUGGAUCAAGCGCGAAGAACAGAGAAUAUUCAUCAUGAACGCGCCGACUUUCUAGCAAACAACCAACUUGAGUGGCUUCCUCAAGAACACUAUGCGCAGUGUCGGAACUAGUAAUUGGAUCGUGUGAUUUUUUGUCACUUGAUAAAAAUAAUAGUGACUAUUUACAAUUUGCCUGAGUGGCUUUCUGAAAAAUGCAAUUUUUGUCACUUGAUAAAAAUACUAGUGAUUAUGUGCAACCUGAGUGGCUUCCUGAAAAACGCUAUGCGCAGUGUCGGACUCGCUACUGGUAAUUGGAAUAUGUGAUUUUUGUCACUUGAUAAAAAUACUAGUGAUUUUUUAACUAAUACUCUGAAAGCUUCCAGCAGUGCUGUUCUAGUGUCGUCUCGUCCGUCAUGUGAUAUUUUGUCACUCGAUAAAAUAAUUGUGAAUCUGUUACAGAGCGAAUGAUUGAUUGUAUUGACUUUAAACGGCUUCUAGUAGUUAUGAUGAUUGGGUCAUGUCAUGUGAUAUAUUUAAAAAAGUGUGCAAGGUACAGCGACCGCACAUCAGAUAUUUAUAGAUCGUUUCAUCCACGAAGACGCGCCCCACCAAUGUUUGGUCGAGGGAAGCGCGAGGUGCGAGGAGUUUGAUCCGAGCGUCAUUAUUGUAGUGUGCGUGUGCACUCAUGGAUGAUUUAACGUGUACCGAUAACACUCAAACAUUAGCGGAAGAAUGGUGGGACGCGUCUUCGUGGAUGGAACGAUCUAUACAUUUUUAUUGCGAAUUCGCCUCUAUUACAACCACAUAAGAUACCGCAGUGUUUACCUUGAUGUGCAGUCGUCCGUGCAUUCAAUCAGGUUAGCUAAAUUUUCAACUCAAAAGUAAAAUGUUUAUUCAGUAUUUUCUAUAUAAAAAUAGGCUUUCUUUAGGAUCAAAUUCAUAUGCAUUUUAAAGCUAAGCUUUGGUAACACCAUGUACACCAUUUAGUCUAAAAAUAAAAUGUGUAAGUACAAAAUAUCAGUGCAAUAAUUCUAUUUGGAAUUGGUGUAUUAAAUCCGGUGGAUUGGAUUGAUCGAUUUUUAACUUUAAUGCAUAAGAAUUAUAGGUCAAAAUUUAUUGAGGACAUUCGUUAUUUUAUGAGGAUAAAUUAUCAAUUUUGGAACUUAUUCCUCAGGGCAUCAAACUCGAAUUAUUAGAGGGUAUUUGUUACUUUGUGGUAGGUUGAAAUAAUUUUGUUUAUUUUGACGGAAAUGCCAAAAUUAUACAAAUUAUAACAUUGCCAAAUAGAUAUUUUAGAUGGGCGGAGUUUGAUUAGAUAAUUAUAGCAGCUUACACAAGCUGAUGUAUAUCUACAAUAACAGACUGCUUUUUAUUGGAUCUGUUACUUUAAUUGAACAAACUUUUGUUUGAAAAAUACUUCAAAUUAUAGACACUGCACAGAUGAUUUCUUUUUACCAAUAUUAUUUUUUACUUUUGGAUGAGUUGUUGUGAAAAUGUUACAUUGUUAGGAAAUUGUAAAUAUUAUCAAAUAUUUAUGUUAAUUAUUGAUAAAAUUAUGUAUAAUGAAGUAACUGUUAUAAGAAAUUGUAAAGCAUUUAUAAUCAGCGCGAUAAUUUAUGAUUUUAGUAUUUUACCCGACUGCGCCAGAAGAAGGGUUGUUUUUUUGUACAGAAAUCAAGAAUUCUAUUUAAAUUACUUAUAAGUAGAUUUUUACUUUCUCUUUUUAUUUGCUUAAAAUUGUUGAAAUCUAAAACACCUGUCUUCGAACAUAAGGCCUCCAUACAGCUUGUAAUACCUAUUUAUAUUAUUAAUGUUAAUAACAUAACAUUGCUCACAGCCUGUUCAGUAUUUGUAUAAAUUAAAUUAAAUACUUAAAUAUCAAAAUCAUUAUUUACUAGUUAGGACUUACCUACUGACACCUCACAAAUGUUUUUAAAGUUUCAUCCAACAUUCGAUGCGAAUCGAACUUGUGAAUCUAAUCAGUUCAAGUGAGAAAGCUGUUGCAUUGACUCGUGCAUUCGAGCUAUUUGAGGCAUAUUUGUUGUGAAAUUAGUUGGACUGUAAAAACUCACAUUAAAGAUUAAUGUAUUUUAACAUAUUUUUGAGAGAUCAUUGUUUUGAAUAGCAUAUUGGGUAAAUAAAUAUCGAUUUCUGUUGCAA